AUGGAGAAAGAGUCUUCAAGGCAAGUUUCAAAGAAACUUCAAAAGCCAACUCAUCAUUGCCCGAACGAAUCUCAAGCUAUCAACAUCAAUAGAUUUGCCAUAUGGGUCAUGUCUUCCUCGCAAGAUGAUAGUCACUCUCUUGUCAUGUCUGGCAUAGGCUUGCGCGAGUUUCCAUUGGAGAAGUAUUUUCCUUCUAUCCGAAGAGUUUCUUUGAUGAACAAUAAGCUUAAAAAGCUCCCCGAUCAGGUGGUAGAGUGUGUUGAACUCUCGGCUUUACUGCUACAAGGAAAUUUUCACCUUGAGGCAUUACCUGUGGGGUUCUUGCUAUCUUUUCCAGCACUUCGGAUUCUGAAUUUAAGUGGGACACGCAUAAGUUCAUUGCCUCUAUCCCUCAGCGAGCUUCAUGAGCUUCGAUCUCUCAUCUUGAGAGACUGCUACUACCUCGAAGAAGUUCCUUCCCUCGAAAAGCUUACAAAAAUUCAAGUUCUGGAUCUCUGUGCCACUCGUAUAAAGGAAUUGCCAACAGGGUUGGAAACUUUGAACAGCUUGAGACUACUUGACCUCUCCCGAACACAUCACCUCGAAAGCAUUCCAGCUGGAAUCAUCCAACAUUUAUCGAGUUUAGAGGUUCUAGACAUGACGCUUAGUCAUUUCCACUGGGGCGUCCAAGGACAAACUCAAGAAGGGCAAGCAACACUUGAAGACAUUGCGUGUCUCCAUUGUUUAUUGGUUCUCUCCAUCAGGGUUGUAUGUGUUCCACCUCUUUCCCCUGAAUACAAUUCUUGGAUAGAAAAGUUAAAGAAAUUCCAGUUGUUUAUUGGCCCAACUGCAAACUCCUUACCUAGUAGACAUGACAAGAGGAGAGUGACAAUAAGUAGUCUCAAUGUUUCAGAGGCAUUCAUUGGGUGGUUGCUAGUGAACACAACUUCCCUAGUAAUGAACCAUUGCUGGGGUCUCAACGAGAUGCUGGAAAACUUGGUAAUUGAUAGCACAAGUAGCUUCAACGUUUUGAGGUCUCUAACGGUAGAUAGUUUUGGUGGAAGUAUAAGGCCCGCUGGUGGAUGUGUCGCGCAGCUGGAUCUUCUACCUAACCUCGAAGAACUUCAUCUGCGUCGUGUAAAUCUGGAAACCAUUAGUGAGCUCGUGGGUCAUCUGGGGUUGAGAUUUCAGACACUGAAACAUCUAGAAGUCAGCAGAUGUAGCCGGCUUAAAUGCCUUCUCUCGUUAGGGAACUUAAUCUGUUUCCUGCCGAACCUACAAGAGAUACACGUUAGCUUUUGUGAAAAGCUUCAGGAGCUGUUCGACUAUUCUCCAGGAGAAUUUUCAGCCUCCACUGAACCCUUGGUGCCUGCUCUGCGUAUCAUAAAGCUGACGAAUCUCCCGCGGUUAAACAGAUUAUGUAGCCAAAAAGGGUCCUGGGGAUCUUUAGAACAUGUGGAAGUGAUAAGAUGCAAUCUUCUCAAGAAUCUACCCAUUAGCUCAAGUAAAGCUCAUAAAGUCAAAGAAGUAAGAGGAGAAAGACACUGGUGGAACAAUUUAUCUUGGGAUGAUAACACUACAAGAGAAACCCUUCAACCUCGUUUUGUACCAGCUGAUGGAAAUAUACUAACUGGCUCUCUUUGAGUCUAUUGUGAGCAGAUCUCCCACAAAUAUUAAGAGAGAUUAGAAGCUUCUCCAGUUUCUAAUAGAUCAUAAUCACAUUGCUGAGGAGCUUUUCUAGCUACAAUGUAAUCAUGGACUUACAGAUGCAUAAUAGUUGCCUCACUUGCAAUCUCCUGUCAAUGGAGCUGCAGCUUAAAUCCAAUAGAGAGAGCAGAGGCUUCUGCAGUUUCAAUUCAAAUAGAAGAUCCCAUGGCUGAGGACCUUCUGGAGGGACAAUGUAAAUCAUGAACCUGCAGAGAAUUCAAAUUGUAAAAAAGUUUGAGCUGUGUGAUUCCUCUUAGCCACUGAUACUUAGAAAACGUGAGUGUCAUUUUUAUUGCACUUGUUAUUUCCUUUUAUCAAGUAAAUUUAAAAGAUUUGCUCAUUGGCUCUAGGAAAGAAGAGCUCGUCAACAUAAAACAUUACGGUAAAACUUGAUUUCUGUCAUGAAUUGGCCAUUCUAUUCCAUGGAACAGUUAAGCAAAUAGAGAACAAUAUUCUUCAUCUAUUCACACAAAGUGAAACAAAGUUAUCCUUAACAACUAGUACAACCACACAGCUGCCAUUACUGCAGAGGAAAAGCAAAUAAAAAAAAAAAAAA